AUGUCCAAUUCCGUAGGAAACCAAGAUUCAACAGCUUGCUCGCAGCAGGAUGACGAAGUUGUGGAAAUUGGAGAGGGAGGAUUGGCAAGGUUGAUCAUGCACCAUGUUGCUCCAUCUUCUCUGGAUCAUUUUAAUUUUAAUGAUGAUCGCUUUCCUAAUGAUUCAUCUUUGCAUCACUAUCGUCAUUUGUAUCCCGAUAUUGGGAAUAAUCAAUGCAGUGAUGGAGGAGAUGAAAACUCUCAAAGCAGUACUGUAUCGGACAAUGAAGAAGUUGGAGAUGAGGAAGAUGCAUCCGAUGAAGAGGAAGAUGAAGAAUAUGAAGAAGAAUUAAAAGAAGAUAAUAUUGAUCUUCGAGAAUGGAAAAUUGUUUAUCCAUCAGUUCCUAAAAAACCACAACCGAUACCAGAAUCAUCAACUUAUAUUCAUGGAAAUAAUAUGGAUUCAUCAAAAAUUCCUACCACCUCGCCAAAUAAUGUAAAUACAAAUGCCUUUAACAAGGAACAAAAUCAUGAUCAUGAACAGCCAAUUAUUGUACACGACCAUCAACCAAUGACGAAUGAGGAUGAUCAUCAUAAUAUAUUUAUUGGAAUGACAAAGCAUGAAAAACUAUCAGAAUUACUUGACUCUGAUGAAUCGCCAAUACUAGAAUUUACUUACAUCUUACAGACACGAAGUGAUGAUCCAACUCCCUAUGUUCCCGAUCAUUUAUAUACAUCAUUGGUCUAUCAAUUCUAUCAAUCUGUGUUAUUUCAUGAGAACAUUCGCAAAAAGUAUGAGAAAGUUAUUGCCGAUGUCAAGUUAGCAUUUCACGACACGGGAGAAGAGGUUGUGAAAAUUAUUCCCAUUCCAGAAGUGAAUCAGAAACCAAUCCCUGCAAACUUGAUACCAGAAAAACAAGGAGGUUCAUCAAAAGAGGUGAUUUCUGGAGACACUAAAGGGCUCGAGUUGAUAAAGCCCAUUUCUCAACGAGAAGAUACAGACUCAGUCAUGGAAAAUAGAACCAAAUUCAAUGUGGAUGUUGUUUCCUUUCAUUACAAGCAUAGACCAUUUUGUCUUCAAUUAAGAUAUUACUUUCCAGAGGAUUAUCCACCAAUGCGUAACGACGACCACUCAAACGAUCGACCUUUUUGCAUUAUUCACAGUGCUCCAUUUACAACAUCCGCUCGUCGAAAGAAUUCACAAAGAAUGAUUGAGAGUAAGAAACGUAAAAAGUUACAGAGACUAAUCGAUAGAAAGAGAGAAAAGUUGCAAACAUUGAGUCAACAGCAAAUGGAAAUGGCCUCUUCGCCUCAAACUGCUACUCUUGACGACUUUGCCAACAAGUUGAAAGAACUGGUUUAUUUCUCAGCUGUUUUAUCAAAUGAAGAUAAAAGAAUUGCCAUUCAGACGGCUCUGAGAAGCUUGGUUCAAAACGAUAGAGACAUUUAG